AUGGCCGAUAACCCCCGAGGCCGUGGUCGAGGACGUGGUGACCGUGGCGGAGGAGGCGGAGGCCGCGGUCGCGGCCGAGGUGACACUAAUAUGCCAUUCCGCCCUGCUAGCGAUCGUGGUGGCCGUGGCGAUUUUCGAGGUGGAGGUGAAUUCCGAGGCCGCGGUGGCGGUGAUUUCCGUGGUCGUGGAGAUUUCCGUGGCCGUGGUGACUUUCGUGGUGGGCGCGGUCGUGGAGAUUUUGGUGGUCGUGGCCGUGGCGGUGGAAACCAAGGCCCACGCAUCUUCAAUGAGGGCCGACCAGUACCUGCACCCAAUGCUCAAGUCACCAAGAUCGAAAAUGAAACUGCCAAGGCUAUCUCUGGGCGCAACUUGAAGAAGACCGUGGAUUCGGCAAUGUAUCCCAAUCGACCAGGAUAUGGAACUUUGGGUAAGCCCGUCACGCUCUAUGCCAACUACAUGCCUUUCACCUCGGUUGGCAAGCCUGUGUACCGCUAUCAUGUGUCCAUCGCCAAGGAUCAGGGUCGAGACGUGCCAGCCAAAAAGGCUCGUCAUGUUGUGCGCCUCUUGCUGGAAGAACAUUUCAACGACAACCUGAACAACAUUGCAACCGACUAUCGAUCGAACUUGAUUUCAGCCGUCGAGCUGAAGCUGACUGGAGAUCAAAAGUUUGAGGUUCGGUAUAAGAAUGAAGGCGAAGAUGAAUACCCGGAGAGCCCCAAGAUCUUUAACGUCACUGUUGGUGCGACUGGUACCCUUGACCCCUCUGAUUUGAUCAACUACCUCUCUUCAAGUAAUGUUGAGGGUCCUCUGAUGCAACAAGAACAAAUUGUGCAAGCACUGAACGUGAUCAUGGGCCAUCACCCUAAGACCCAGCAGUCGGUAGUCACCAUUGGAGGUAGUAAGCAUUUUAGCUUGGAAGCUGCCAUUGCUGAAAGAUUCCCCCUUGGUGGUGGUCUGGAGGCCCUUCGCGGCUUUUUCAUCAGUGUCCGUGCCGCCACAGCCCGAGCUCUGCUGAAUGUGCAAGUCAAGUAUAUUGCGUGCUAUCAGGAGGGACCGCUACCUGCCGUCAUGGGAGAACACAAAUAUACCACCAGUCGGGGCAAUACCUACCGCUUGGAUGCCUUCGUGAAAGGGAUGCGUAUUCGUAGUACCCAUAUUGUGCGGAAGAGCAGCAGUGGCAAGGUUCGUCCAUCGCCAGUCAAGAAGAUUUCCGGACUGGCAACCCUGGCAGAUGGCCGAUCAAACCCCAAUCCACCUAGAGUGGCUCGUCACGGUGCUGGUCCCAAUGAUGUGGAGUUCUUCCUUGAAGCCCCUGGUUCCAAGCCCGGUCAGGCACCACCCGCCGAAGCAAAGCCUAAGAAGGGGAAGAAGCCUGCUAAGGCUGGUCCUACCCAAGCAGGUCAAUACAUCUCGGUGGCAGCUUAUUUCAAGAGAGAAUACAACAUUACCUGCAACCCAGAGUUUUCUGUCGUCAAUGUCGGCAACAAGCAGAACCCUAUGUAUCUCCCUUCCGAUGUAUGUGUUGUUGAAGCUGGUCAACCCGUGAGGACAAAGCUCAGCCCGAAUCAAACUGCGGAGAUGCUUCGAUUUGCAGUGCGGGGUCGCACACCGGCUCAGAAUGCCCAGUCGAUUGUCACCAAGGGCGUAGGAAUGCUUGGACUCGGAGAGCCCCUGACUGCAACUCUGGCUGCUUUUGGAAUCCAGGUUGAGAACAAUCUGAUCACCAUCCAAGGUCGGGUGCUGCCUCCUCCAAAGAUCCUGUACGCGAAGAACAAGGAGAUCAUGGCCAUGGGUGGAUCCUGGAACAUGAAGGCGAUUCAGUUCUCCAAGCCCAUGCCCCUUCGAAACUGGACCUACCUGUACAUUGAACAACCUGGCCGGAGCCAAUUUUCCAGCCCGGAUGAAAUGAAAGAGUCCCUGAGAAAGUUCGCAGUCAAUUUGAAGGCCAUGGGAAUGGACGUGGAACCGGCAAAAUUGGGCAAGCGUGUUGUCCUCAGCGGCAGAAAUGACGCGGAACAGAUUGAGCAAGCUGUCCGCGACCUACAAAACCAAUAUAAGCCAAAUUUGGUUCUGGGAAUCCUCCCCAGCAAAGAUACCGCAACUUACAACACCAUCAAGCAGGUUUGCGAUGUUCGCAUUGGUGUUCGGAACGUCAACGUGCAGGCUGAGAAGAUCCAACAAGCUCAGGAUCAGUACUGUGCUAAUGUGGGGUUGAAGAUCAACCUUAAGCUUGGUGGUGGAAACCAAAGUUUGCGUACUUCAGACCUAGGAUUGUUUGCAGAUGGCAAGACCAUGUUAGUUGGUCUGGACGUUACUCACCCCUCCCCUGGCUCGGCAGGUAGCGCACCCAGUGUCGCUGCGAUUGUCGCCUCCGUAGACGCGUCAUUGGCGCAAUGGCCCGCCGAGCUACGUAUCCAGAAAGCACGACAGGAGAUGGUGGAUGACCUUAACGUCCUCCUCCAGUCACGUCUAAAGCUCUGGGCCAAACAUAACAAGGGCAAGUAUCCCGAGAACAUUGUUGUUUACCGUGAUGGAGUCUCCGAGGGCCAGUACGAUAUUGUUAUCGAGAAAGAACUGCCACUUCUCAAGGAAGCCUGUGAGACUCUCUACCCAGCCUCUGACACCAAGCGCGGCCUGCCUCGUAUGGCCAUUGUUAUUGUCGGCAAGCGUCACAACACUAGAUUCUACCCCACCUCCGAUGAAAACGCCGAGCGAUCUGCCAACCCUCAGCCUGGUACUGUCGUCGACCGUGGGAUCUCCGAGUCCCGAAGCUGGGAUUUCUACUUACAAGCACACUCUGCUCUUCAGGGAACUGCCCGUCCAGCUCACUACUUCACCGUCUGGGAUGAGAUCUUCUCUGCUCGUCACCCGGGAGGUGGUGGUGCUCUUGGCGCAGCGGAUGUCGUUCAAGAUCUUACCCACAAAAUGUGUUACAUGUUUGGACGAGCCACGAAGGCUGUCAGUGUUUGUCCCCCCGCAUACUAUGCCGACUUGGUUUGUACCCGCGCCCGUUGCUACAUGAGCGAGCUCUUCGACCCUAGUCCCGCUGCGACUCCCGAUGCUAGUAUCGCUGGAACGGAAGGCGCGACUGGACGACAGGCUGAUAGUAGCCAGGUGCUUAUUCACCCCAGUAUCAAAGAGACCAUGUUCUACAUCUAG